AUGAAACGUUAUCGGAAAUUCGUAAGACCAACAAAUAUUUCUUCAUCAGUUCCGAAAUUGGCAUGGGAUGAUUUCUUGCAAGUAUUCAUGUUAGACAAUAAUCAGGAACAAGAAUUUGACAUUGCACGCAUCUUCGACAUUCUCGACCAAGGUAGUAGAAGAGGCCUCUACAAUCGAGCAAUCAGUUUGUCGGAUGGUCAAAUUUCACCCUCAAGAAUUACUCCUAUAGACAUCUAUAUCUAUGAAAAUCAUUUCGAUCCAUUGAAUCCCUAUAAGAAUUUUGUUUUUCCCGUCAAAACCAAUGAUCUUUUUGACAGUAAAAUAACAUAUCAAUUCUACCUUCGAUCUGAUAUUUUAUAUAUAUUACUUGUGACAACGUCAAAGCCACUGGUAACAACGGCAUUUUCAAUUAAAGUGUACAAUCCGACCAAUGUUAUUCUUCAACGCUUCGUUGACAGUUCGACUUAUUGUUAUGUUGGUGGGCCGUGUAACGUUCUAGUCAAAGAUAUUGGUUUAACUCUCGAUGACAUUUUACGACCAGAAAUAAAGCAAAAUAGAACAAUCCAUGAUCAAUCAGUUGUUAUCAAAAUCGCUGGUGCUUUGACAGUGAUUAUGUUUGUCGCGGGUGUUAUCAACAACUUUUGUUCGAUUUUAACUUUCCGAGAUGACAGUUUUCGGCAAGUUGGAUGUGGUGUGUACCUUUUGGUAUCAUCGAUUUCUUCUCUUCUGACGAUUACGAUGUUUACGAUUAAAUUCUGGUUUGUUAUCGUUACACAAAUCAAUAUCUCCAUUCGUUUGUCAGUUCUUCAAAGUGGUUGUAAGUCAAUGGAGACUCUUCUCAAAUUAUUUUUCUAUUGCGAUGUUUGGUUUCAAGCUUGUGCGGCAGUUGAACAUGCAGUGAGCGCUUAUAAAGGAGUGAGUUUUAAUAAGGAGAAAAGUAAAUAUUUUGCUCGAUGGAUCGUCUUUAUCUUACCGAUUGUGAUCAUGAGCACUCUUGUUCAUGAACCACUACUCCGUCAGAUAUUCGUAUAUGUAAUAAACGAACACACACUAGGCAUAGAAGAAAUUGGGCUAUAUAGGUAUUCAUGGUGUAUAACUACUUAUUCACAACCAAUUCAAAAGUACAAUACAGCUAUUCAAUUCAUUCAUCAUCUUGGUCCAUUUAUUAUAAAUCUUUUUUCUUCGAUAUUAUUCAUUAUUAUAAGAAGUGUUCGUCGACGGGCAGAAACUCAAAAUAGAGAACACCUUCGAGAACAACUCGGAGAAAAUAAACAACUUCUCUAUAGUCCUGUAGUGCUGUUUGUUCUAUCGAUUCCACGCCUGAUCAUUUCUUUGUUGUCGGGAUGCACAGAUAUUUCCAAUCGCCCAUGGUUAUAUCUCACUGGUUAUUUUAUCUCGUUUACACCAUCAAUACUUAUCUUUGUGGUAUUUAUCUGUCCGUCGAAGAGCUAUCGAGAAGCCUUUAAAGAAUCGUUUUCUCGAAUUCGUGGAAGGCGAGCCACCAGGGAACAAAUCACCUGCACAUCUUUUGCUUAUUGA